AAAAACGAAAAAACUAAGGACCUCUCUUUCACUCUAGUCCCGUUUCCCCUCAACUCCCUCAUUCCAAACGAACAGGGGCCAAGCAAACACCUUAAACAGAGGCCGAGUGCUUAUUUCCUUUGACAGAGAAAGAGGGUAAGAGAAAAAAGAUGGAUGCCAUGGGGAAGCAGUUCGAUGUGCUGAUGGGCGCGGAUCGCAAUGGCGACGUAAGGGAGGUGAAUCGGAAGUACUACGACCGCGAUGUCUGCCGCCUCUACUUGUCCGGCCUUUGCUCUCACGAGCGCUUCCAAUUAACGGUAUCUCCUCAUUGAUUCGUUAAUCCGUUUCUCUUUUCUUUAUGCUUCGAUAAUUAAUUGUUAAUGGUUGACAUCCAUUUUCUUUCCCUUUGAACCCUGCUAUAUGUUUUCGAAGUGAUUGUCUGUGUUUGAUUUCUGAGAAAAUUUGGGGUUUUAGAAGCAGUACAAGUUUUUGGGGAGGGAGUGGGGGCAAGGUAGAAGCCUAGAAGGGAAACUGACAGAUAUACACCAUCUGGUUUUUAGAAUGUAGCCAGAGUUAUGUUGUUGUUACUCCUAAUUUUGGAAACCAAAUGGCUAGGUUUAUUUUAUGUUUAUUUUCUUUUUAAAUCUUUGCUUCUGUUAUAUAAACCAAUAAAUAACUGACGGAUGC